UCUCUUCUCCCCUUCUUUCUCGCUCGCGCCGCGCUGCUCUGCGUCGACGCCGGUCCGGUGGGCGCCAGCACCCCCCGGCCGCGCCGUCCCGGAUCUGCGCCACCACCCACCCUGGCGUGGAUGCGGACGGGGAGCGAGAGUGAGAGCGGAGGGCCAGUAGCAGCUGUUAAUAACAUCCUCGCUCGCGCCGCCGUCCCCUUGCUCUGCCUGCCCCGGUCUGGGAGAGGGGGAGGCUGCAGGACCGGCGGCCGCGAGAGACGAGCGAAGGUGGCCCGCCCGUGUUAGAUGCUGCGCUUGUGCUGUGUGAGGGGCGGGAGAGCAGAAUUCUCCAUCACAUCACAGCCAAAUGAGCCAUCGACCUACUUUGCGUUUGGGGAGAGACAGAGAGAGGCCCUUUGAUGCUUGUAUGGAAUCAAUUUGAUAAAAAUGUAAGUGUGUGACAGCUGCUAAAUGGGUUGGACUGCACAAUGAAAUAAGGGGGACGAUCUGUGGCUGUUGGUAUUCGAAUGAGAAUUCGGUUAAUUGUUCGUAAAGGCCAAAUAAACCAUCGACCUAAGCCGACGACAAGUGGUAGUUACAGGAAAUCAGGACAAUAUAGGUGAGUCAGAUUUGCUGAAUGGGUUCGAGUGAUCAAAGAAAUAAGGCCAGUGGUAUGUUGAUGUUGGUACUGAAUUGAGAAUGAUAUUUUGUCACAACCAUUAUCUGAGAAAAAGGAAAAUUCUCAACAACCAUGGCGGAGGCUGUUGUCGGGCAGCUAGUGGUCACGCUGGGGGGUGCGCUGGCAAAAGAGGCGACGAUCUUUGGCGGGGCCCUCCUCGGCAAGGAAGCCUCUGCCCUCAGGGGCCUCUUCGGCAAGAUCUGCGACUCCAAGGCGGAGCUGGAGAGCAUGCAGGCCUGCCUGCAGGAGGCGGAGCAGUUCAAGGACACUGACAAGACUACAGCCAUCUUCGUUGGCGAGAUCAGGGGUUUCGCCUUCCAGAUCGAGGAUGUCGUUGACGAGUUCACCUACAAGCUGGAGGACUGCAAGCACGGAGGGUUCGCUGGCAAGAUGAAGAAGAGGCUCAAGCAUAUCAAAACCUGGCGCCGCCUGGCAGCCAAGCUCCAAGAAAUCGAUGUCAAGCUGAAAGAUGCCAAGAGGAGGAAGCAGGAUUACGCAGUCGUUGCAGGAAUCGGCGGAUCUGCUUCUGCUGCCAAAUCGACAAGUCGAGGUCAAGCCCUGCACUUCACCAGGGAUGAGGACCUUGUGGGAAUCGAGGAGAACAAAGAGAAGUUGAUACGGUGGCUGACGGGCAGUGGCGGUGGUGAUUAUCUGGAGCAGAGCAACAGCAAAGUCACCACGGUGUGGGGGAUGCCUGGUGUUGGUAAAACCACUCUGGUUGCUCAUGUGUACAACACGGUGAAAUUGGAUUUUGACGCCGUGGCGUGGGUAACAGUGUCAGAGAGUUACAAUCUCGAAGAUCUGCUGAAGAAGAUAGCCGCCGAGUUUGGCAUCGCAGGCAAUAUUGCCAAUUUUGAGAUGAGGCGCCUAGCAGAGUCCGUCAACAACUAUCUUCAAGGUAAAAAGUACAUCUUGGUCCUGGAUGAUGUUUGGACUCCGCUUGUGUGGUCGGAGAUAAGGAAUGCCUUUCCUACUUCUAAUUGUACCGGCCGAUUCAUUAUCACAUCAAGAAAGCAUGAAGUGUCACAGUUGGCAACUGGUGAAUCUGCAGUUCACUUGGAACCGCUAGAAGCACAUCACUCCUGGGUGUUGUUCUGCAAUGGGGCCUUCUGGAAUCAUGUUGACAAACAGUGCCCGUUGGAGUUGCAGAAAUUGGCUUGGAAGUUCAUAGCUAAGUGUCAAGGCUUGCCUAUUGCUAUCGCUUGCAUUGGCCGCCUACUCUCCUGCAAACCCCCAACUUCUGCCGAAUGGGAGAAUGUGUACAGGGGUUUGGAUUCACAGUUGGUCAAAGAUGUGAUCCCUGAUGCUCAUAUGAUCCUAAAGAUCAGCUUGGAGGACCUUCCAUACAAUUUAAAGAAUUGUUUCUUACAUUGUGCAUUAUUCCCAGAAAACUAUGUAUUACAGAGGAGGAAGACAAUGAGGCAGUGGAUUUCAGCGGGGUUUAUCAGGGAAAAGGAAGAGAGCAGAACAUUGGAGGAGGUGGCUGAUGGAUACUUGGCUGAGCUUGUGAAUCGAAGCCUACUACAGGUAGUGAAAAGGAAUUAUGCCGCACGACUGAAACACUGUCGGAUGCAUGAAGUCAUACGCCUUGUUGCCCUCAACAAAGCCAAGGAGGAAUGCUUUGGUAAAGUUUAUAGUGGCUCUGGUACUGGGGCAUUCUCUGUGGAGGGUGCACGUCGCAUAUCGGUCCAGGGGGGAAACCUUGAACACCUGAGCCGAACUGCUGCAACACAUCUUCGUUCGCUCCAUGUAUUUGGGAGGUAUAUCAAUGUUGAUUUGCUGAAGCCUAUCUUAACAUCUUCGAAUCUGUUGUCGAUGUUGGAUCUGCAAGGUACUUGUAUCAAGAUGCUGCCCAAUGAGGUAUUCAACUUUUUUAACUUGCGUUAUUUGGGCCUUCGAUAUACUGAUCUCGAAAGCCUGCCUGAUGCAGUGAGGAGGUUGCAAAACUUGGAAGUCUUGGAUGCUGUGCAUUCUAAGCUGACGUAUUUGCCAAACAGUAUCGUAAAACUUCAGAAUUUGAGAUACCUCUAUGCGUCAUCCACUUUCAGCACAUCAGAGAAUGUAAGAGCAGGUGGGGUCAAGGUCCCUAGUGGCAUACAACACUUGGCAGGACUGCGGGCUCUUCAGCGUGUCAAAGCCACUCCAGAGUUUCUUCAUGAGGUUGGAGCUCUGACAGAGCUAAGAACAUUGGAUGUGUGCGACGUUCAGAGUGAACAUUCUGCUGACUUGAGCAAUGCUAUCACCAAAAUGAGCCAUCUUGUUCAUCUCGCAAUUGUAGCUGCAGCUGAGAAUGAGGUGAUGUGGCUUGAAGGGCUAUAUUUACCUCCAACCCUUUCUUGGCUUGCUUUACGAGGGAAGCUGGAAAAAACAUCGAUGCCUCAGCUCUUCUCUUCCUGGUCACACCUUAAUAGCCUCACUCGGUUGCAGCUGGUAUUCUCCAAUAUUGAUGAGGAAACCUUUUCCUGUCUCUGUGUGUUACGUGGUCUACGCUUUCUUUGGCUAAGGAAGGCUUUUGAAGGGAAGAGGUUGUAUUUUUACACAGGGUCAUUUCCAAAUCUUACACAUCUAUUUAUCCGGAGCGCAGCACAACUCAACCAAGUUGGAAUAGAGAAGGGUGCAAUGCAAAAUCUGAUCGAGCUAUCGUUAACAGACUGCCCUGAGCUAAAGUUUGUUCCAGAUGGCAUCAAACACCUAGCAUCCCUUGAAAAAUUAAUUCUGGAAGAUACAUCAGAAGAGUUAAUAGAGAAGCUCCUGGAGAAGAGAUAUUCAGAUGAAUGUAGUGAAGAUGCAAUGCAGAUUAGCCACAUAAGGAAUGUUACAGUUGGACUGAGCCAUAAAGGACUCUGGGAAAGGAUUAGGUGAUCGUCGCUGCUCCAAAGUUAUCAGAUUCUGCUCUGCACUACCAAGCACAUUUUGCUUGCUUGGGAAGAGACCAGGAUCGAUGCUGAUCUGCCAACUGUCCUCCCGUCUCAAGGCUCUGAUGGGGAGUGAAGAUUUUAAGCUGGGCUCCGAUGAGGUGUUGCAGUUUUUAGUUAUUACAUCUGUACUCAAUGAAAUUCCUUGUUACUAUUCUAUAUCGAAGACAAUACAAGGCAGAUGUCUGGAAACAUUUCUUAGCUGCUAGACAGAGAAAAGAACUAUGCAUUCGGGCUCUGGAACGAUGUCCGUGUGAUGUUUUCAACAUUGGGCUGUGUGAGAUGAGUAUUCUGCUAAUCAGUUAGUGGUAUUUUCUGUUGCCUACGUACUUUGGCAUGGUGAACUUUGUUCUUGAGAGCAUGGCUGGAAAGUCAAUCUGGAAAGAUUGUUGCUGUAAAUUAUAAAGACUCUAUUCAAACUUGUCAUAUUUGUUGCACCGGAAGCAGAAUUAGUUUCCUUU